GUCUCGCUGUCCCCGUCUGUCCCGUCCAUCUCGCCAUUUUGCACGAUACACACUCUCUAACGCCGUCAAUCCCGCCGUCCGCCUCGCCAGCAACCGCCAACAUGACUCCCAUCACCAGUUCUAAGCAGUAGAUAUGCUCUCGUGUGUUUCGCACACCAAGCGUUGAACCGCAAGAUUGACGGGCGCGUGCCCUGCAACUGCGGCUGGACGCCUGCCUCGACUCUCGCAACAUGGACGACAUGGACUGGGCCUGGCCCUUCUGGAAGUUUGGCAUGAAGAAGGACGACCUCUACACGACACUCCACGACCGCUACAACACUUUUACCUCCACCAUCCAAGACCCCGAAGCCUUUCACCACGACGUUUUCGAAAUCUCCCACGAUGCCGACACUGCUGAGCAGUUCCACGGCCUCUUAGCGGCCCGACGGCAGCAGCGUCUCCGUGAGCUCAAUGAGUCUCUGGAGGCGCUCGCCGUCGAGAUCAUCGCCAACCCGAAGCUGAUCGGCACUGAGCAGUGGCAGCACGCCCUGCAGCUCUUCCGCACCCGCUCCUACGACUCCAUCGUCAGGUACUUUGCUAGCUACCUGCCUGAAGACCACCUCGAUCAUCUGUCGACGUCGUCCUACUCCUCCUUCUCCGAAGCCGACAGCGUGCGAACUGUCAGCACCAAAGCAAGCAGCACCGAGGAUGCUCCUUGUUCUCCUUUUGCCCACGACGAGUUCUUCCCCGACGGUCCCAUCAUGACUGUCGAGCCGUGUACCAUCGAUCACGAGUCCUGUCCUGCGGGUCCGCUCUCGCCUCCGGAGUCGGAGGCGAUGCACUCGGACGCGGCCUCGUCGCCUUCUGAUUCCAUCACCUACUCCACGAACCCGCCAUCCCGCUCCAUGUCGUUUUCAGGCUCGGAGUCGGGGCUCUGCCCUGAACUCCUUCGACGCCGAUUCGAGCAUCGCGGCGAUGAUGAAACGUCCCAAUCCGAUAGCUGCGACACGACUGUCACGUCGGUCUGCGACUCCGCGGAGACCAGAUCUUCGUGCGACUGCGCCGAUGACGUCUGCGAGGACGAGGACGAGUUCCCCACUGCCCAGUUUCCCGACGACCACUUUGACUGCCUCGACACUCCAACCCUGAACGCCGUCAAUGAUACCCUAGAAUCCGAUACCCCGACGCCAAGGCAGGAAUGUGUUGCAUCCUCGUACUUGGAGUUCAAGUCUGUGGCCGCCAGAAGGUUACCCUCACCACAUCGACGCUCGCCCUCACCGAAAUCGCACGUGACACACCGAGAAGCCGGGAAACUGGCGCGGGAGGUACGGCGCAGUCCGGAGGAGGCGUCGAGCAAGAUACAGAAGCCUUUGCACGAGGCACUGCGGAAGAGACCCAAGGGCAGAAGACGGGUUGACUAGCACCGAGGCAGGCGGCUGUAUAUAUGUGAACCUAACUGUACAUAUCUGUAUCUUAUGACACUAACGACCAGAAUAUCUUCUAUCGCUGUCUGAUGUCAUGGUGAAGCGACCGUAGCGUUUCUUUGACCAUUCGUCGGUGACCGGCUGACGGCCAGUUACGACGUCGCCGGGCCUGUUUUUCUGGGUCCGGGAGGUGAGUCCGGUUUCUAUUCUUCCCCCGUCGCGAAGGCGUGACUGUCCAUCACGAAGGCAAACCCGGUCAGCCGACCAGUCGGCUUGACCCGAGCUCGGAUCCGCCCCCAGCGGUCACGGGCCACGGACGCGCACCACGCAAGUCAUUUUUAGAUGCUCUUGCCUCGUGGCAUUUGUUUGUUCCUUCUUCGUCGCUGCAUGCUCGGAAACGGAUGAGUCGCAUAUGGCGUCGUCAUUGUAACGCUGGUGGUUGCGGUCGGCACUGCGCGCCUUUUGCGAUGACGUCGAUGAGCAUGGCUGUAUACUGUAGUAUGCUGCAGCUGGGUGUUGAUGUGAAGCCUGUCCUUGUUUAUGCCUGCGAUGGUCCGGAGGCAAGGUAGGUAGGUGAGGUCUGUAUAACGAAUCAUGGUGGGUUGCUUUUGUUUUGCCCGGCGCUGGGAGGGGCUGGUAAUGCCUUGAAGAAGGUUUCAUAGACGUACACUACAAUUGUAAGGGUAUUCCUUUCCGCCUG